AUGGUCAACAAGAACCUUGAGAUCCUUAGGCAGUCCCUUAUAGUUUUAACCUUUUGUAGCAUUGUGGUCUACUUCUAUCUCAUGGUUCUAAUGUUGACAAUCUACUUUACCAACUCUUCUGCUCGAGAACAAGCCCGCUAUGUCCUGUUUGCCCACAUGCUGAUCAAUGACUUAGUAUAUCUGGUCACUACCCUUUUCCUCUUCCUACUUUUCUUCUACCCUGUAACCUUCCCGGUACCAUUUUGCUACACUGUAAUCACCGUGUCCUCUACGACCCUGAAGGUCACUCCAUACAACCUUGCUAUCAUGUGCUUGGAGCGCUAUAUAGCUAUAUGUUUCCCACUAAGGCAUGGAGAAUUUUGCACUUUGAAAAGAACAGCUAUUGCGACUGGAGUAAUAUGGACAAUUGGCCUCAUACCUAAUUUGGGGGACCUCAUCAUCUUGAGUUUGUCUGUAGAUCGUAGUUUUUUCUUACUGCAUGUGAAAUGUUUCCGAACGGUCUUACGCUUCACCGCAGUUCAAAACGCCAUCAGAGAUUUUGUCUACAUUUCAACUUUUUCCCUGGUGGGUCUGAUUAUACUUUUCACCUACAUCAAGAUUGUGAUGGUUGCUCUGAAGGUUGGUUCUGGAAAAGCAUUUGCUGCCAAGGCUGGAAAAACAGUGAUUCUCCACGCGUUUCAGUUAAUAUUAUGUAUGACUGCUUUUAGCUAUACCUUAAUAGAGCCUCUGCUUAAAGAAUAUGUUUCUUUGUUACCAAUCAUCAACUUCUGCUUCUUCAUGUGUCUUCCGAGGUUCCUUAGUCCUUUCAUAUACGGAAUCACUGAUGAGUUUUUCCGGGUGCACAUGAAAAGAUUUUUGUUGUGCAAAGUCCAAAUAUGUCACCCAAACUGA